AUGCCACCACAUCUUCAAGAAGAUAGAUACGUGCCACCUGCUCCAUAUGUUCCACCAAUUCCAUUUCUAGGGCAUCUUAAGAGAGUAAAGCAAGAUAAGGAUUUUAAAGAAAUUUAUGAUAUUUUGAGUAAAGUCAAUAUCAAUUUGCAUUUGCUUGAUGUUAUUGAACAAAUUCCUGCAUAUGGAAAGUUCAUCAAGAACUUGAAAACUCACAAGCUCAUUUUUGCUCCAAAUGAAGAAGUAAAGCUUAACAAGAACGUAAGUGUUGUUUUGCAAAGCAAGCUUCCACCAAAACAAGAAGAUCUUGGUAGUUUUAACAUUCCCAUUAACAUUGAAGACAAGAAGGUUGGAAGAGCCAUGUUGGACUUGGGAGCAAGCAUCAAUGUAAUGCCAUAUUCAGUUUAUCAAGAGCUUGGCUUAGGAGGGAUGAAGAAAACUUCAAUUCGUCUUAAACUAGCUUAUCAUUCUAUCAAAUAUCCAAAAGGUAUUGUAGAAGAUAAUUUAGUUCAAGUUAAUACACUUAUUCUCCCUGCUGAUUUUGUAGUGAUGGACAUGGAGGACAACCCAAGCAGAGAUCGUGUUGAACCCAUUCUCUUAGGACGACCAUUCAUGGCCACUACAAACACAAUUAUCAAUGUGAAAGAUGGCACCCUCUCCAUGACUGUGUUGGGUGAAACUGCUGAAUUUAAAGUGUUUGAUCUACCAUCUCAAACUUCUAUCUCUCUUGAUACUUGUUUUUCAAUUGAUGUUGUGAAUGAUGAAGUUUCUUCCAAGAUGUUGCAGAAACAGUUCAAUGAUGCUAUAAAACUUGUCAUUUCACAAGAAGAGGAAGAUCAUGUUGAACUAGAGUUUCAAGAAGUGGUGGCGGCCCUAGAAGUGUUCCAGCCAUGCCCACCAUCUUUUGGGCUAUCACUUGAGCCUCUUGGACUAUUCUCUACGAAAUUGGAACCAUCCAUUGUCACCCCAAUAUAUCAUGUGCCUGCUCUCACUCAUGCAUGA